AUGCAAUCACACCAAGACGCCUUUGGUUCGGAGGCCUUAAAAAAUCGUGGCCAUCGACGUUCGGAUACAUUGGGCAAGGCAAUGCCGAUAACUUCGUUGUUACUAAAUUACACCUCACCAUCGGCAUUGCAAAAUUUCGAUAAUAUACGAAGUGAUGCUGAUAAUCGCGCAAGAGCAGUGGAUGAUUCUUCACCCACACGCAAUGAAUUACCACCACAAUUCUUUCCCGUACAUGACAUUGCUGAAACCUCCAAAACUUCCCCCACCGAUAUUGAUGAUGAUUUAGACGGUCUAGAUCAGGAUUAUGAAAUACUUAUAUCCGAAUGUAGCAGCAGCUAUGCCAGCAGCAGUCAACACGAUGACGGCGGCGGUGGUGGUGGUGAUCGUCGCAAAUCAAAUUCUGAUGAAUACAUAUCCUUGAUCGGCAAUUCGACAUUCUAUACACCCUGUCAGACAUGUGUGGGUUCGGCUCCAAGCGACAUGGCCGCACGUCCUUUGGCCAUUAAUGAAAUGUGCCGCCGUUUGUGCACCGAGGAGUGUCGUUUACGUUUAAGUUUAGCCGGUCUGGUACCAACUUCGGAGUCAAUUGAGAAAAAUAAGAAAGCUUUGGAAACAUAUGUACAGCAUGCCAUAUUGGAGAAACCACCCAAAUUGCCACCAAGACCCAAAAAGGAACAGGACGUGGUUCCCGAUAUGCCUAAACGUCCAAUGCCAGGUGCAAUUGCCAUACAAAGGAAGAAGUUCUUAAACAACAUCUUGGCACCAAAUGGCCCAAACGGUGAUGAAUCGAUCAGCAGCAGUGACAAUGAAGAUGAUAAAGUAAAGGGGGCGAUGAAUCGGCCACCCAAAGAGUUAAUGGAUAUUGUUUCGAACAUUGUGAUGGUGGCACCACCACCAACUCCAGCAGUCUCUCCAUUGCCACAACAAAAAAAUUCAACACAACCAUCCACUUCAGAAUCAGCGACAAGCGCGAAUUCAGAGACCACCAAUACCACCAAUGCAGAUCACAACAACACUCUCAUUGAUCCCCACGAAAUGGCCAUGCUCAAGGAUUUUCGUGAGAAAUUCGAAAUAGCGGAAGCUCUUGCAAAGACCUCGGCAAUGACCUCUACUUCGCAAAUUAAGCAACGUCUAGCCGCUCGAAAACGGGAAAUCGAAUUGGAGAACGCUAAUGCCAUCAUGUCUGGCGAUGCUGAACAUGAUUUUGAGCUUGACGUUGACGCCAACAAUUGUAGUAGUGGUGAUACCAUUUGUGAACCUGCAUCUACCGGUUUUGGUGGAGGCAAAGAGUUGUCGUCAGCGUCGUCAAAACAAACCAGACGUCAGCAAGGUGCGCCUGCCAUUACCGAUGCCGUUACACAGCAAUUGAAUAGCAACAACGACAACAACAAUAACAAAUCGAAUGUAAAUAACAAGCUGACUCAGAGGCAAGUAGACACUGGGUCUAGCUCUGUUCGUGCCGCCGGUGCUGCUGCUGUUGACUACCAAGAAGACUAUGAGCCUCCACGCGAGUUGCUGUUGUACCUUGUAAGAAUGGGCUCAUUCAAUUCGGCGCCCAAAAUCAAUAAUGUCGAUUCACAGGAUGAUGGUCUAGAUAUACCGAAGGGUCUCAGCACAUCGGAAUUGUUGCAACAUGUCAAACAUUUGCGUGGCCUCAAUCAACCGCCUCUAUUGAGUCGUUACUUUUUGAAGCCAAUGUCAUCGAUUAUUUCAUCGGAUUUAACGGAUGGUUUGCGUUGUUUGAAAUUGAAUUCAGUAUCACGUGUCUGCAGUGCCCCAAUUUCGGAUCCAAAUCAUAUUCGUCUGUUGCAAUGGAAUCUUUUGUCACAAACCCUUGGCCAAAAUAAUGAUGGUUUUGUUCGCUGUCCCGUAGAGGCUUUGACAUGGGAAAAUCGCAAAUACCUUAUAGUACAAGAAAUUUUACAGCACAAUCCCGAUAUUUUAUGUUUACAGGAAGUCGAUCAUUUCAAAUUUCUUCAAACCAUUUUGGGAACACAAAAUUACGAAGGCAUAUUCUUCCCCAAACCUGAUUCACCAUGUUUGUAUAUCGAAGAGAACAACGGUCCCGAUGGUUGUGCCAUUUUCUUCAAACGUGAUAAAUUCGAAUUGCGUAACUUCGAUACACGUAUCCUGGAGGUAUGGCGUGUUCAAAGUAAUCAGGUUGCCAUUGCCGUCAAUUUGAUUGUCAAACAAACUGGCCGUGAGCUGUGCGUCUGCACUACACAUUUAAAGGCUCGUCAUGGUUCGCUCUUAUCGAAAUUACGCAAUGAACAGGGUCGUGAUUUGAUUCGAUUCGUAAAACAAUUUGCUGGCGAUCGUGCUGUAAUAUUGUGCGGUGAUUUUAAUGCUGAACCCACCGAACCGGUCUACGAGACAAUACUGAAUUGUGAAUUUAUGAAAUUGGCCAGUGCCUAUGCUGAGAUGCGUGCCGAGAGCGAUGAGUGUAAUAAUGCCAGUACCAAGGACUCAAUGCCGGCGAUGAACGGUUGUGAUAAAGUGCAGAAGUCUAUACAAAAUGAGCCACCCUAUACGACAUGGAAGAUACGCGAAGAUGGUGAGGAGUGUCACACAAUUGAUUAUGUCUUCUAUACCAAGGACCAGUUGAAGGUUAAAAACUGUUUGGAAUUCCCACAAGGCGAUGAAAUCGGCUUGAAUCGUACGCCCAGCUUCCAAUAUCCCUCAGAUCAUUUCUCUUUGAUAUGCGACUUUGAGGUUUUGGAUUCCUCGCAGGAAUCAUCAGCACAACAGCAGUCGCAACAGGAAAAAAAUAAAGUACAGUGA